UCGAACCCGGUGGAGACGAGUGAGUGGUCGUCCGCUCACUCCUAUCGACUCUGAUCAUUCUCGUCUCUCUACAGCUCGUCUGCUCCUUCCCAGCUUAGAAAGACGAGGUCUCGGGGAAACACUACGUUUUUGACGUCCCUCAACCCCCGAUACCUUCCACCCUAAACAUAAAUACUCCCUAGACCGCCAGCAUAAAUCACUCAGCCAAGAUAUCUUCUUUUCGCGAAACAAUAACGAAAAAAAGUCGGAGCCAGGAACCUUGUGAUUCAUACCGUCGUAUUUUACCAUCACCGCGAUGCCGUUCGUUUUUCCUCCGCUCACACCUGUCAAACGAGUGCCCGCCUCUAGGGGCCCAGAGCAUAUUCUUAAGGCAUUUAAAGAAGACGGCGUCGUGGUCAUCGAGGGCUUCUUCUCUCUGGAGCAGGUAGAGGAGCUCAAUGACGACCUGACCCCGGCGCUCGAGAAGGUCAAGAACGGACCCUCCCUAAAGGACCCUGAGAUUGCUCGCUACCACGGCUCCAACACCAAGCGGAUGUCCAACAUGUCCACCCACAGUAAGAUCUUCCGCACGCAGACGCUGGACAACGACCUGCUGCAUGAUAUCUGCAAGGCCGUCUUCGCCAAGGACUCCGGGGAUUACUGGUUGAACACUGCCCUGGUGAUCGAUAUUGGCCCGGGUAAUGAGGCGCAGCCCCUGCACCGUGACGAAGAGCAGCACCCCGUCUUCCGAAGCGUCGGCCCUGGGGGCAUAGAAGCCAGCAUCAACUUUUUCAUCGCACUCACUCGGUUCACUGACGAGAACGGCGCCACGCGAAUGAUCCCGGGGAGUCACCAGUGGCCCAAGGAUGCGACCCGCACCGACGGCCUGGAAAUUGAAGCUCCCCACGGGACUCUCCCCGUGGAGAUGAAUGCUGGCGACGUCGCGUUGUUCAGCGGACGGAACAUUCACGGAGGAGGCGCCAACCGCACCAAGGACGAACGCCGACGCGGAGUGGCCAUGAGUAUCCAAGCUUCCUACCUCACGCCCGAGGAAGCGCACACCUUGCUGGUGCCAUUGGACAAGGUCCGCGAGAUGACACCCCGGGCGCAGAGAAUGCUGGGCUUCCGCUCCCAAUUCCCCAAGGACACGCCGGGCAUCUGGAUGAGUGACAUGAGGGAGAUUGCCGAGGUGAUCGGCUUGGAGAGAGACGAGGAUAGCAAGACCGACUAUUAGAAGCGGAGGCUUCAUUGGCUAGAUA